UCAUGUUGAGAUAAGAGAAAAGGCAGCUAAAAAUGAGGAAAGGCUACAAGAAUAUAACAAAAAUUAUGUAAAUAAAAAGAGGCAGAGCCCACACGUAUACAAAGACGGAGAUUAUGUUGUUGUCAAAAACUUUGAUUCAAAUACAGGCACGUCAAAGAAGCUGAUUCCAAAAUUUAAAGGUCCCUACAAAGUAGUUAAAGUAUUACGCAAUGACCGUUAUAUGCUAGAAGAUGUAGAGGGUUUCCAACAGUCGAGAAUACCUUACAGGGGCAUGUGGGCAGUAGGGAACAUACGGCCAUGGUUCAAUGGGUGCACGAAUGAUAGCAGAAGAGAUCAGGAGAUCUCAUUGAUCAGGAUGGCCGAAUUGUAGCAGCAUAGCUGCACUCCUAUACAUGUAUAUAUGUAAAUAUGUAAACGUAGUAUAUAUAGCAACCACAAACACAUAUGUAUGUAAAUAGCACAUAAUAUUCUGUGUAUAUAUUUCCCCCUAGUCAGUAAGCGUCAUUUCCAGUUAUAGUCUAGAAGUUUCUAUUUCCCCUUUUCUAUUCGGUAGCGUCCCUUCCAACCUUCCAUAGAUUGCAUCAGCCUUUUAGCUUAAGCACAUAUUUGUACAGUCAAGAAGAUUCAUAAUAAAUUUGGCGAUCAAACCUAUCGGACGUGUCUAUUUUAUUUGCGUUUACAGUCUCAGAAGUGGGGUCGAAUUCCCUUUCCUGAACGUGUGUGCCGUGAAGUGGUAGGCUUACGAAAGCGGCACGGCGAAAGACAGCCAAAACCAAAAGAAACAGAAAAAAAAUACGAGUAAGCAAAGCCAAUCGUGCAAAAGUAAUUUGAAAGAAAAACAGUGCGAGCAAAGUGGAAAGUUCAUAAAUAAAAAAUAGUUCGGCAAACGAGUGGCAAAGACAAAAGAGUGUUAAAACAAUACAAAUAGGAACGAGAUAGACAAAAGAGUGUAUAACAGCAGACAUAUUAACAUUCAGUAAAUAAGGCAAAAUGGAAUCAAUUUGUGCUAAUGAAUAUACGGCUGUGCAGUUGCGCGCUUGGCUUCAGCAGUUAAAUUUGCCAACAAGCGGCGCAAAAAAUGCGUUGGUCAUUCGGUUAAACGAAGUUCCAGUAGCCGAGCGUGGCCGGUGUCCGUUGGAAGCUGAUGAAAGUUUUGAAAUCGUGGCGUCGGGAAAAAAUGCAGAAGUCACCCCUACUUUACAAGGAAAAAACAAUAACAACAAUGAAUGCGAUGGCAGCGCAUGUGGCGGCGACGGUGAUGUUGACAAUGACGACUGUGAUGAAAACACAAUACAGCAAAUACAACGAAUGAAGCAAGAAUUGGCAGUGCGAGAAAAGCAGGUGUUGGAGAAGGAGAUACAAAUUCUGCGACGUCUUGCAGAACUUAACGUGAAUACAGUGAGCGUCAACGAAACAGCACCACUUCGUUCAGGGCAAAUUCCCAUUGAUAUAAUUUUGAAUAUAGUGCCUGAAUAUGAUGGGCAAUCAAGUGUUGACAUCUGGUUAACUCAAUUCAAAAGUGUAUGCGAUGCGUAUGCAGUUGACGUCACAAUUCAACGUGUCUUGCUACUUAACAAACUAAAGGGAAAGGCAUUACAGUGGAUACACUCUAAACCACACUUUGCGACGGAAGAGUUGGAAUGUUUACUUGCGGAAAUGAAAGAAGUGUUUGGUGCAAAGGAAAGCAAAUUGCUGCUGCGUCAUAAAUUCUAGGCAAGGAUGUGGAGAGCCGGUGAAAGCUUCGCGCAAUAUUACAAUGACAAGAUAUCGCUGUCAAAUUCAUUGCACUACGAAGAUGAUGAGUUACUAGACUACUUAAUUGAGGGAAUAACCGAUGACCAGCUACGCAACCAAGCUUAUUUGCAGUGUUACGCCUCAAAGUCUCAGCUACUACAAGCAUUCUCCAAAAUAAGUUUGAAGCAGAAUGCAUCGAGAGUGGCGUCGAGGGGAACUGCAGCAGCUACAGCAACACAGAUGAGUUACACGAAACGGUGUUAUAACUGCAACUGUGUUGGUCACUUCGCCUCCGAGUGUAAGAAGCCAAAGAGGGAGAAACGGGCAUGCUAUGCCUGUGGCAGCAUGGAACAUCGAGUUGCAGUGUGCCCAGAUCGCAAAAACCGAGUCCAGCUGGUAGAUGAUAGCGAAUACAAUGUCUCAUAGAUUCUGGAAGCCCAAUCAGCUUUAUCCGAAGAUCAGCAGUAUGCAAUCAGUUAGAUUUAAAGUUACUGAAAAAUGAAAAUGACUUAUAUUUUGGUCUAAAUAAGUCAAAAGUGCAAACCUAUGGAAAAUUUUUGUGUUCGAUUAUAAUAAACGAUAAACAUUUUGAUAUUAA